CCGGAAAGCUCUCUCUCUCUCUCUUUCUCUCUCUAUCCCUUUCCGUCGACCUUUUUCCUCUCCCUUCGUUGUUUGCCCCCUGAAGAAACGAACCAGCGACUGAUGAGUGGAGUCCAACGCUUUCUUGCUCGGCCCAAACCCUAGCAUAUUCCGCUUUCUCACGCGCUCUCCCCUCGAUCGCUUUCUCAGCUGCCAAGCUCCAUCUAUCCUUCACCUCUGCAGUCUGCACCCCCAUGUGCAGUCAUGAAGUUUGAAUCUCGAAUGCACACCCACACCUCCCUUUGCUUUCCCAUGUCCUGUCUAAUGGGUCCAAACCGAACCCUGUCCUUUCUCUAAAAGAACUUGUUCGGAAUCGUACCUACAGCUGCAGAAGAGCGUACUCCCCGAGGUCUCGGAGUAGUAAAUCCGUAAAAUUGCAGCUGAAUCUCCGGGGGGAACGGACGGACUCCUGCCCGAUGGGGGCGGUGACGUCAUCCUUGGCGGCGAAGUUCGCCUUCUUCCCGCCCUCCCCGCCGUCGUACCAGCUUGUGGCGGACGAGGUCACGGGGCGGCUGAGGAUGUCCGGGGUGGCUGUGAAGGACAACGUCGACGUCCUGAGGCUGCCGACCAAGAGGGGGACCGAGAUUGCUGCUGUGUUCAUCAGGAAUCCCUCGGCGGCUCUCACGCUGCUGUACUCUCAUGGGAACGCCGCCGAUCUGGGUCAGAUGUACGAGCUGUUCAGCGAGCUCAGCGUGCAUCUUAGGGUCAACCUGAUGGGGUAUGACUACUCAGGGUACGGGCAGUCGACGGGCAAGCCAAGUGAGCAGAACACAUACACCGACAUUGAAGCAGCUUAUAGAUGCCUCGUGGAGAAGUAUGGAGUGAAGGAAGAAGACGUAAUCUUAUAUGGUCAGUCAGUCGGGAGCGGGCCCACUCUAGAUUUAGCCACCCGAUUGCCGAGUCUCAGGGCGGUUGUUCUCCAUAGUCCAAUCUUAUCUGGACUUAGAGUCAUGUAUCCUGUGAAAAGGACAUAUUGGUUCGACAUCUACAAGAACAUCGACAAGAUACCUUUUGUUCAUUGUCCAGUACUCAUAAUACAUGGAACGGCUGAUGAUGUGGUUCACUGGUCCCAUGGCAAGCAGCUGUGGGAGCUUUGCAAGGAGAAGUACGAACCUUUGUGGAUCAAAGGAGGAAAUCAUUGCGACUUGGAGCUUUACCCCCAAUACAUAAAGCAUCUCAAGAAGUUCAUAUCUGCCAUUGAGAAGUCACCACUUUCGAGAAUUAAGUCAGGUCCUAUGACAGAUCUGCCUGAGAAUCCUCGAAACAGCUCGGACUUGAGAGAGAAAUCCCGAUCCAGCACAGAUCAGAGAGAGAGGCCUAGGCCCAGCACUGACCAAAGGGAGAGGCCGAGGUUGAGCACGGAUAGGAGGGAGAAGUCACGAGCGAGUACUGACAGGAGAGAGAAAACGCAGAAGAGUGUCGAUUGCCCUGAGAAAUCAACAAAUGGUCUCGAGCCUCCAGAGAAAGCGAGGAACAGCAUUGACCGUUUCGGAGGGAUGAUGAGAUCGGUCGGGUUAUGCAAUAUCGACUGUUUCAAGCCACCUGCAACAGCUGUAUGAGGAAUCGGAAAGGUUUUGUGUAGCGGGCAGGCAGUCGAGAAAAUGGCUGUACUUGUUUGUAUUUAUACUUCUUUUUACUGAAAUUCAAUUGAUUGGUGGGGGGGAUGUGACUGGGAUUCGUUGGCUAACAGUAACGGGGAAACUUUGUAUCUUAGGAGGAGGGG